AUGAUUGCGACUCAAUCUCCUUUUAUUGAUCUGAGUACACAUGGAGGUAAUAAUAUAACUCUGCAGUGCAUUGUUAAUUGUUCAACGGCAGGUGGCUAUGUCGGAAACGAAGCAUUCAUUGUUGGUCCGUGUACUGAUUUCUCUACUGCAUUGGACUUGACAGUCAGUCAACGAUCCGAUAUGAUCAACUUGACUGUCCCCUCUUAUUUUAUUGUGGCAUACACUUCGUUAACCAAUGCCUGGCAAACAUUGGCAUUGGGCAGCUCUGUUGGUUGGAGUCUUGCCAGUACCAUAGACCUGCGUAUAAGAUCAGACAAUGGAUUAAUAAAUACACCACCAGUGGCUACAUGUAUCUCAUACAUUAGUAUUCCUGUUGACAUUACACAGACAAUUCAAAUUCCAGUUCUUGAUGCAGACAAUGAUUUCAUUCGAUGUCGAUUUGCUAAUGGAUCAUCGGAAUGCUCCAAUACUUGUCCACCAGGAUCACUGCCAUCAGGUACGAGUUUAUCUUCUUCGUGUACUCUCACAAUUACGGGAUCACUAGCUGGCAAUGCAAGUGUUCAAUCAGAUCAGUAUUGUGUAACAUUUUCUGUUGGACUCACAAGUGUUCCACUAUGUCCAGGAGUAACAGUGACCACCACGUCAACAACAACAUACACUUCAAUUAAUACCUCAUCAACUACAGCAAUGACGUCGGUUAUUCUUUCGUCAGUUGAAUUAACGUAA